AUGGUUGGCAGGUGUAGGGCCACUCCACGCUCCUGUUUUGCGCAAUAUGCUAAUUCCGUAACAGUGCCUUUAAAGUUGAAUUCGUUUGGGCAGUACUGUCCUUUGGAGUUGUCUGGUGGUACUUGCCACUUAGAAGGCUCGACGGCUUACAAUGAUCUCGCAGGAGUUGUGGUGCCUCUGAUUUCAUUCAUCGCUUUUUCCCUCGCUUUUUGGUGGCUCGAAAGAUGUGCUACUACUCCUCUUCUACCGUGGAAAAGCUUGCGGGAUAAGCCUAUGGCAUAUGUCGUCGGCCUGGCACCUAUAACAGCUUUUAUAGAUAUGUCAAUCCUGAGCCUUUUGCCGUACUAUGCGCAGGUAUCCAACAUGCGCGCUAUAAUGGCCAUCGGCGGGCUAGGUAUGAUAUUCACGGCCGGAGAAAUUCUAGGCCAUUUGCUAUGCUCGUCUAUCCAGCGCGACCGACACGUCUUUAUCAGUUCCCGGGCGCUCUCGUUUUUAAGUCUGACCAUACGAGACUGGGUGAAACUGGUGGGCUUGGUUUUGGCAGGCUUCAGCUCUGGGCUCGCAAACGGUACCUCUAUGACAAUGAUUAUGCGGUACACAGGCCGCAAAGGAGUAAAGCAAGAUCGAUGUAUCUUGUACGGCGUAUAUCAUCUGGUUAUUGCCAUCGGAAAUCUGCUUGCGCAAUCUAUGAUUAUAUGGCUACUUCAGCGUCUCAUAGAACGCAAUAUCCGAUCAAGCCUACAUCGUGAACUUCCGGACGACAUCGACAAGAUUGUCAAGCACUGUCUGGAAAGCUUUGAGUAUGCUGGCACACUUCCCGCCUGGCUUAGUCGUCGGGUGCGUGCGUCGUUCCUGGAAGCUAUAAAAACAUGCUUCGGAUAUAUGUUAGUUAUUUCAGCCGCAGGGGCCAUUGUUUCGUUCCGCUACGGUUCCAGGUAUCCUAAGACAGCAAGCGAAACACGCUGA